AUGACCAUUACACCAGUCACAACCAAGAUCGUGCAAGUACCACACCUAGGUGGCAUAGAAGCAAGCACCUACAUGCCAGCACCAUACGAUCCCUCGAAGCCCACUCUGGUCCUCUGCAAUUCCUUCGGUACCGGCGCAGACCUCUACAGACACCAAUACCAAAAUGCAGAACUUAACAAACUGGUCAACUUGCUGGCGAUCGAAUUGCUAGGUCACGGUCAGACCAGAGCAAAAAAGACCGACAACUUCACUUAUUGGGAUAGUGCAAUCAUGAAUCUGCAGGUUUUGGAUGAAUUGAAAAUCAAGGGAAAGGUAUUUGUGUUGGGAACCAGUCAAGGUGGUUGGCAGACUGUGAGGAUGGCAUUGCUGGCACCUGACAGAGUCGCGGGUAUAAUCCCUCUUGGUACAUCAAUGGACACCGAGAAUGAGAGGAUAGUAAAGCUCGGCUGCUGGGACGCAAAGCAAAACCUCACUCCUACGAUCGAAGGUUGGACAACCAACGAAGCUACACCAUCCUUUGAACCUCCGGAAGAAUUUUGCCAUUUCAUGAACGCUUCUGGAUUUGGCAAGGACAUUCCAACUGAAGAUGGAGAGUUUUGGGUCAAGGCUAUCCAGAAGAACUGGGGUGGUGAUGAUGGUCGCAAACGCGCGAGAAUGUGUGCGCUUAAUCUUCGAGACAGAGAUGGUCUGCAUGGCAGACUGUUUGACGUGCGGGUCCCGGUGCUGUGGCUGCAUGGAGAUCAGGAUGUGGUGUACAGUGUGGCCAAUGCUGAGGAGGAAAUCAAACUCUUCGUCAACAGUCCUGAUGCGACGCUGCAGGUCAUCGAGGGUGGACCUCAUUACUUGAACUACACCAAAGCUAAAGAAGUGGACGCUGCAGUUGUGAGUUUCUUGAGCAAGUACAUAAAACAGGCCAAGUUGUAG